AUGGCCAAGAAGCUUGUUGCAGUGUUUCUCAUGUUGGUGGUGGUUGUUGCAGCACUCCACAUUCGGGAGGCUGAGGCAGAAGACGAUGAUCACAAGGAAUACAAGGAGUGCUUCGGCAACUGCUUGAAGGAAUGCGAAGACGGCGACGCCCACGGUCAAACUUACUGUGAGAUGAGCUGUGACACUGAAUGUGCAAGUAAAGAGAGUGCCGAAAGGCUGAAGAAUAUCAAAGUAUGA